UCCUGGCGAUAAAAAAAAAUAAAAAUAAAAGUGAGAUGCUUCAGCAUAAUUGGAGGAACAUCACUGGAUAUGAGGGUCUGCAGGGGUCUCAUGUGCAGGAGUUUAAGCGGUAUCACGUUGGACACAGCUGUCAUCUGACCCAGCAUUCUUUGAAACUGCUUCACAGAAUGAUUGGUUAUGGCAUGGCUAAGACUGCAGUACAUCAGCUGUGUCAGAGUCUGGGGGGUGGCAUAAGUGGUCUUCCUGUUGGAGCUGCUGCUGUAGCCAUACUGCUCGUUACCCUGGAUACACCAAUAAAUAGGCAGUUCAUGCCAGAAGCUGAUGUCUCUUCCUGGACACCACUGAAGUAUGGAGCUAAGUUUUCUGGUGCAGCUCAUUACCACAAACCGCAAAUCGGGAGCAACAUUCAUAUGUUUCUAUGAAUGAAUUUGUGAACUUAUAUAUUAUAUAUUCAGAAUAUAACCAUACAUUUGUAGGACUCGUUUUUCUUUUGAUGUGCUUUAUAAUGCUUUCUUUUGAUGGUUAUCUAAACAAAAAUAGAACUUGCCCAAGAGGUAACUGAUUUGAUCUUGAUUUUUUUUUUAUUAUUGUAUCUAAACUUCACUGACUGGCACAUUAUAUUAGACAUGUGUUUUCUUGCAAAACAGCUCUGGUGCAUUUGACACAUGGUCUCCACCAUACCAUUAAAUAUGUGCUGUGGUAUUUGUCAGUGGUGGAUGAAGUACACAAACCAUAUACUUGAGUUAAAGCGGAGAUACACUCAGUAAAAUAUUACUCCAGUGUUCCUUUUAAACUUUCACUUGCGUAAAAGUACACAAGUAUUUGCCUUUAAAUGUACUUAAGUAUCCA